UGACGUCACAUGCUAGGUGCUGCCUGAGAGGUGUAAGGUGAGGAGAGAAAGCGGCGAUCGCAGAUCUCCAGCUAUCUGCGGGAUCUGUGGUCAGGAGAAGGAAAAGGAAUACUUUUCUCCUGUUUGUAUGGAUAGUCUUCUGGCUGAGUUUGCUGUCUGGAGUUCAGAAGGUUUUGUUCAAUGAUGGCAGAGGACAAGGAAGUGAGAAACCCAAAACAUGUUCCUCAGGAUUCAUCACCUGCACAAAGCACAAACAAGAAGUACCGGAGUGCAGAUCAUUCACAGACCCUCCUAAGUGGCUUGAUGGGUCUCCGAGAUGGGGGGAUCCUGUUUGAUGUUGUUCUAAAUGUAGAAGGAAAAUCAUUGGAAGCUCAUCGCAUCCUACUUGCUGCAUCGUGCGAUUAUUUCAGGGCAAUGUUUGCAGGGGGACUGCGUGAGAUGGAGCAAAAGGAAGUACAAAUCCAUGGAAUCUCAUACAGUGCCAUGUGCAAAAUCCUGGAUUUCAUAUACACAUCUGAACUUGAACUCAGUGUCAAUGAUGUGCAAGAGACGCUUUCUGCUGCAUGCCAGCUACAGAUCACUGAAGUCAUUAAAUUCUGCUGUGAUUUCCUCAUAUCGUGGGUGGAUGAAGAAAACAUCUUAGAGUUGUACAAACUGGCUGACCUCUUUCAUCUGAUCCAAUUAAGUGAACAUUUGGACUCCUUUGUGCACAAAAAUUUUAUCACAUUUUCACGCUCGCAGAUAUACCGACAGCUCCCUCUGGAAAAGGUGUACGCCUUACUGAGCAGCAACCAUUUGGAAGUGGAAUCUGAAAAUGAAGUGUACGAGGGAGCUUUACUUUAUCACUACACUCCAGAGCAGGUGGAAACUGACCAGGUGAGCCUGUCAGAGUCUCCAAAACUCCUAGAGACAGUCCGUUUCCCACUGAUGGAGCUGUCCGUGCUUCAAAGGCUUCAUGACAAGUUGGGGCCAUGUCCUCUCAAAAAGACCGUGUCCAGCGCCUUAGAAUACCACAAGAAUGAAAUUAUGCAGCCAGUGAUUCAGAGUCCCCAUACACAGCUUCGAUCUGAAUUCCAUUGCGUUGUGGGCUUUGGAGGAAUGUACUCUGCCCCCUAUACAGUACUUACUGAUCAAGCCAAAUAUUUGAAUCCUGUUCUUGGAGAAUGGAGACCAUUCACUGCACCUCAAGCACCCCGAAUGUCUAAUCAAGGCAUCGCAGUGCUCAAUAAUUUUGUCUACCUGAUUGGAGGAGAUAACAAUAUCAGAGGCUACCGAGCAGAAACACGAUGUUGGAGAUUUGACCCCAGACACAAUCGUUGGUUCCAGAUCCAGCCAAUGCAACAGCCUCGGGCUGACCUGUCUGUCUGUAUUUUGGGGGGUUUUAUAUAUGCAGUUGCAGGCAGAGAUUACCACGAUGAGCUUAAAGAAGUAGAGAGAUACGAUCCAUGGACCAAUCGUUGGGAGUAUGUGGCACCAAUGAAGAAACCGGUACAUGCACAUGCUGCGGCAGCAUUGAAUGGAAAGAUGUAUAUAACGUGUGGCAGAAGAGGGAGUAUCUACUUGAAAGACACCUGCUGUUAUGAUCCAGAAAAGAACCAGUGGACACACUUGGCCUCUGGUCCAGAGAGAAGAGCUUGGCAUGGAAUGGCAGCAGUUUUGGAAAAAUUAUAUGUUAUUGGUGGAAGUAAUGACGAUGAAGGCUUCCGCCAAGAUGUUUUGGAGAUGGUUUGCUACAAUCCAAAAACAGACAUGUGGUAUCAAAUGAGCCCACUUCAUGGAGGGCAUGGUGAGCCUGGAAUUGCUGUUUUAGACAACAAAAUCUACGUUCUGGGAGGAAGGUCUCACAACAGAGGUUCCAGAACAGACUAUGUGCAUAUAUAUGAAGCAGAAAAGGAUUUUUGGGAGGAGGGACCACAGCUAGAGGAUGAUAUUUCGGGUAUGGCAGCCUGUGUCAUCACUCUGCCUAGGUCUGUACUUAUGGAUGCUGAUGUUUGGAAACAGAUGUGUUUGGAUUACAUGGACAGAGUUCCUUAUGCGGCUGACAAUUCUUCAGAGGUUAUGAGUGUUUCCGACUUGGAUGAUCUGGAUAAUUCGAGUGAAGAUUGAUACCUUGAUUCUAUGUACAGAUAUUGGACCAUGUAAUACAUGCUGCCUGAUUGGAGUUUUCUUUUCUUUUUUUUUGUCCGAGGUUCAAAACUCCUCUUUGCUCUGCAUGUUGAUCUUCCAAAGUCCUCAUACAAAGGCCUGGUUUUAUAAUCCUAUACAAUUAAUCUUAUAUAUGUUAUAUUUUAAUACAGAAGUAAAUUAGAAAAUCCCAAGCACAGAAAUGUGCACAAACUCUGGAUGCAUUAAACACGUGUAUCAUUUGUUAAAUUUAUCUGGAAUAGGAUCUCCGCACAAGCAUCUGCCAAAUACAAGAUAAUACAUAUUGACUUAUUCUAGAUCUACUGCCUUCUUUUCUUGUUCUAUGUCUUCAGACAUAAAAUAUGUAUGUUUACAUAUAUGGAUACUUUUCAGUUGCAAUUCUGGUUUUCACUGUUUAUGAGUGGACAUGUCGCUUAUUUAAAGAAGGGAAAUAUAUGUGUAAGAAAAUAGUACAAUUAAGACACCACAAUUUAAAAAAAAAAAUAGUUUCUUUUCCUGCCCCUUUUAUAGGUUUUGUAGAAGUGUAAUUUUUGAAUCACUUUUAAGAGAAGGAGAAGGCUGUGUAUAUGUGUAUAAAUACAUAAAUAACAUACAUGUUCCUCCUAAAUGUUCCCGCUGCAAAGGCACAGAUAAGCAGCAGUAGAGAGCCCCUUCCAGACCAGGAAGAGGCUUCUCCAAUCAUAUUGGUUUAUGAGAGGAUCUCUUAUGCCAUAAACUCUUGUCUAGCAUAAGUUUAUAGGAAAUCUAGUUCAGCCCAUUUCCAUUCAUCAAAUUAGGGGAGUCCAACUACUGAGUAAGUUUUUGUAGCAGUAAUAUUGUGGCUGCUAACAGUCUUUUGACAGCCCCAUUCACAUGUUGGGGUCUUGUUGUGCACACCAUUUGCCUAAUCCACUGACCAUUAAUAGCAGCAGCCAUUGCUCAGACUUUCUCAGAGAGCCAGACCUAAGAGGUGGGUCUUGAACACACAGCAUGUUCAUGCCAUAAAAUUAUGGGCCUGCCUACAGAGUAAGUAUGAACUUCCCUUUUUAUUUUGGAAACAUAAACUCAUAAAAUGUCUGCACAAGUGCUGACUUAAAGUAGGAGUAAGGAAUGCUUCUCAGCUGUCUGCUUGACAACCAGGGAAGUGCAACAGCAAGCUAAAUCGCUUUAUGUGUUUGGAGGUUUGGAGUGUUGCUUUUGUAUUUUUAAUUGAAGACUGCUAUUUAUCGCCAAGUUUGCCACUCUAUAAACUCUAAAUUCCACAAAUGUUCAAAUGCACAUUUAUUUUAAAGAUAAAAGGUUUACUUUACAUAUUGCACUAUUAACUUGUUAUGUUCUGUGGAUUGCACAGAAGUGAAUUAUGGGAGAAUCAAUAUAAAUGUAUAUGUGUUACUCUUUUGCAGACUGUGUGCUUGUAAAUAGAUGAUGGUACUGCGUCCAUUUAUGUAAUAAAAAGGUCACAUUUUGGCAACAGUUGCCAUAUUAAAAUUCCUGGAUUGCCACUAAA